AUGCCUCCGCGACGAGCCCAUACGAAGUCCCGGAACGGAUGCGACCAGUGCAAAUCUCGCCGAGUCAAAUGCGAUGAAGCUCAGCCAUGUGCCAACUGCGUGAAACGCAACCUGACGUGCACGUUUGAACGUCGCCCACCCAAACCCGAGCCGUAUCCCAGUACGCAGUCGGGCAAAUUGUCCGAGUCGCCGACCGUUUCAUCACGGACCGACGAUGCCAUUGCCGCCUUUCAGCAUCAAGUCGCCGAUGCAUCUGCUUUCCUCCGCGAGUGGGGCGCGCAGGAUCCCGAAUUGAUGCACCAUUAUUGCAUCUAUGCCUCUAAGACUCUGUCUGAUCGGGAGGUGAUCCGUGAUGUCUGGCAGAUCGAAGUGCCAAAGAUUGCCUAUUCGUACGAGUUCCUCAUGCAUGGCAUCUUGUCGCUGUCGGCUCUGCACUUGGCGUACACUAGACCCGAAAGAUACAGCCACUAUCUCAACAGCUCCAACUUCCACAUGGCGCUGGGCCUGCAAACAUUUCGCAUUAUCUUGCAAAACCCAACCAAACAGAAUUGCGAGGCACUCUUCUGCUUCUCAAGUCUGAUCAUGGUAUGGACUUGUGGAGCUCCGACCGAUCUGGGCGAUAGCCGCCCCUUGGAAAGUAUCAUCCGCCUUUUCAACCUGUGUAGGGGAAUCAUGACCCUUCAACCGUUCAUGUCGCAUGUUGAAAACGGUCCCCUGGCGCCGUUAUUCCUGAGAGAUUUUCGAUCCGACCCUGGCCCACUCGAAGACCACGUCCAGUCUCUGCGCUUCCCAGGAUUGGGUGAUCAAUUAGAUGCGAUCAGACAACUAAUUGCAACAGAACCUCUUAGUGAGCAGGAGAGACUCAUCUAUCAGCAGGCCACUGAGUGUCUGGAAAAAGCAUUCUGGCGUUUGCAGGUUUGUGAGAAGCCUGCCCAAUGUGGCAUCAUUUACAUGUGGCCGAUCAGCGUGCGGGAUGAAUUCGUAGGCUUUCUGCUGGACAGGAGCCCGAUCGGUCUUAUCUUGUUGGCGCAAUAUUGUGCCCAGUUAUACCUGUUUCGUGGAUACUGGUUCGUAGAGGACCGCGCCCACGAGUUGCUGUCUGCAGUAGCUGCUGCCCUACCGUCACGGCUUGCACACUGGCUGGACUGGCCAAGGCAGUUUUGCUCCAGCGGCACCCUUCCUGAGUGAUGCUAUAUUGCUUUGUUUCUCGGCCCUUCAACCUCUCUCCUCACGCUCAAACGGCAUCCAUGGCCAUCGCCUGGACCAGCGAUGAACUAGCCCAAAGCGGUUAG